CAUACGUAAAACAUCAAACAAAAAAAAAUACUAAAGAAAUUCGACGCAAAUUCAAUUUUGCAUACUUAAGUGUUAAGUAAUAAGCAAAGCAAAGCACAGCACAGCAGAGCACAACACAUCGCAGCAGAGCAGAGCAGCGCAGAGCAGAGCACAGCACACAGCAGCAGAACAGCAGAGCAAACAGCUUGUAAAAAUGGAUAUUUUAAAUCAAAUCCUAAAUAUGAACGCUGGUGGCGCCUACGGAGGUGGCAAGGCUGGCGGAGUCUUUGAUCCAUUAACAUUUGCCAUGAAACCACAAGUUGUGAUACGUGCUUUCUGUUGGCUUUUCUCAAUUGUUGUUUUCGGUUGUAUAUCAUCGGAGGGUUGGCGUGAGGAGAAUGGCAAAGACGUAUGUCUAUUUAAUGGUGAUGGAAUGGCUUGCAAGUAUGGCAACACAAUUGGAUUCUUUGGUUUCUUGGCGUCGAUGGCAUUCAUUGCUGGUGAAUUUCUGUUUGAGCGCAUGUCAUCGGUGAAGAGCAGAAAACGUUAUGUGAUGGCGGACAUGGGCUUUUCAGCAUUCUGGACUUUUAUGUAUUUCAUUGCAUUUAUUUAUUUAUGGUCACAAUGGAGUUCAGCUCCAAUGCCUCCAGGCGGUAUUGGUGCUAGCAAUAUGCAAGCAUCAAUUGUUUUUUGUUUCUUCUCUAUAUUCACAUGGGCUUUAUGUGCGUUUCUGGCUUAUAAACGUUUUCUCAUUGGAGCUGGCGAUGAAUUUACCUCAGCCUUUGAAACAGAUCCAGCAAAUGUGGUGCAUCAGCAAGCGUACACAAGCUAUUCAAUGGAUAAUGAUAAUGAUCAAUAUAGUGCAUCUCCAUUCAGUGGACAACAAGGCAUGGAUCAACAAGGCAUGGAAUAUCAACAACCCACCUAUUAGAAUACAACAUUUCACUAGUUAAAAUAAAUAAAAAUUAAUUUCAGGAAUGAUAAUUAAUUAAACAAAAUGUUUUCAAAAAUAUUUAUAUUUACAAAAUAGAAAAAAAUACAUAUUUCAAAAUAAGAUACACCGACAAAAUACGUAUAAAACUGUACUGUAUAAAAUAUUCAACACAAA